ACGCCACGACGCUGUACGUCACAUCCAUUGCGGAAGUGCAGCGCCUUGAGUUCUCGUGAGGUCGUUGUGCGUCCGUCAGGGAGUGCGUGCGGCGACACCAUGCUGAAGGUGCUUCAGGUGUGUGUCCGCCGUCAUGUGUGUGUCCGCCGUCAGGUGUGGACCAGCGUGAGUUGCGCCGCUCAGAGGGGCUCCGAGGGUCGUGGUGUGACCCGGGGAGGAGUCCGGAGCUGCACAGUGGACCCGAACCUGCAGGAGCAGUUCGUCUUCGUGGAGUUUACAGAUCUAGAAGACGACCCGCAACAGGAGGAGAGACAAAUCCUCCAUCAGUUCAGGUCUGCCUCGGCUGCUGGUUCUGCUACUGGUUCUGCUGCCCAGUUGUCCCCUCAGAAGCACCUGCGGUCUCUGGAGCAUCAGCUGCAGGUGUUAAGGUCUGGGGAUGAGCAGGAGGUGGAGCUGGACUCCCUCAUCCAGUUCCAGGAUGUGGGCUUCCUGCUGGAUGACAGUGUCACAGCCACGAAGAAGAAGAAGAAGAAGAAGAAGAAGGAGGAAGCUGGAGUGGGGAAAGGAGAACACAGGAUCUUUGGUAGCCCUGACGUAGACGAGCCGGUCAGCAACACCUGCUGCCAGGGCUGCGGCGCCAUGCUGCACUGCACCUCCAGCGCCGUGCCUGGAUACCUGCCCAGUGAGAAGUUCAAGGUGCUGCAGCAGGAAGGGCGUCUGGGCGGGGCCACCUGCCAGCGCUGCCACCUGCUGACCCACCACCACCAGGCGCUGAACCUGCAGCUGCCCAGAGAGCAGUACAAAGACGUGGUGCGGCAGGUCCGGGCUCACAAAGCGCUGGUGCUGCUCGUGGUGGACCUGCUGGACCUACCUGACUCCAUCAUCCCUGACCUGGCUGAGCUGGUGGGGGCCAACAAACACAUCGUUGUCCUUGGCAACAAGGUCGACCUGCUGCCCGCAGACGCGCCCAACUACCUGCAGCGCAUCAAGCGGCAGCUGCUGUGGUACUGCCAGGACUCUGGCUUCCAUGCCCAGGUGACCGACGUACACCUGAUCAGCGCCAAGACCGGCUUCGGCGUGGAAGGCCUGAUCUCCAGCCUGCAGCGGUCCUGGAAGUACAAAGGUGACGUGUACCUGGUGGGCUGCGCCAACGCCGGCAAGUCCACGCUUUUCAACACGCUGCUCGAGUCUGACUACUGCAAGUCCAGAGCCGCCGACGUCAUCCACAAGGCCACCAUCUCGCCCUGGCCCGGGACAACUCUGAACCUGCUGAAGUUUCCCAUCAUCAACCCGACUCCGUACAGGAUGUUCCGGCGACAACGGCGUCUGCAGGAGUCGUUGCAGCAGACGGAGGAGGAGGAGCUGUCGCAGGACGAGCUGCGGCGACUGCAGCGCCUCAGCAAACGGGGAUACCUGGUGGGUCGGGUCGGCAGAACGUUCCGAACCAACGGAUCCCCAUCACAGGAGAUCCAGUUCGAUCCCGACAGUCUGGCAUUUGGAGAAGACGGAGAGCCGACGGCGACAGCUCCCAGCAGGCCGAGCAGCGAGCUGACCCACAACGAGCUGAAGGACACACACUGGCUCUACGACACGCCGGGAGUCAUGAAGGAGCUCGAUAUCCUCAGCCUGCUGACUGAACACGAGGUGAGGUUGGUGGUUCCUACGCAGGCCAUCGUCCCGCGGACGUUUGUGCUGAAGCCCGGUACCAGUUUGUUCAUCGGAGCACUGGCCAGGAUCGACUACCUGCAGGGACAGACGUCGGGCUGGUUCUCAGUUGUGGCCUCCUGUCGGGUUCCAGUUCAUGUCACCAGCCUGGAAAAAGCCGAUGGCAUCUAUGAGAAGCACGCAGGACAUGCCCUGCUGGGGGUGCCUGUCGGAGGGUCGGAGAGGAUGAAGGAGUUUCCAGCGUUGGUUCCCCAGGAAGUCAGAGUUGAGGGACGAGGACAACUGGAGGCCGCUGCUGACAUCAAACUGUCAUCUGCAGGCUGGGUAGCAGUGACGGCGAUGGAGGGCGAUGAGCUGCUGUUGAAGGUUCAUGGUCCACAGAUGGCAGGUUUCAGCGUGAGGACGCCGCCGCUGCUUCCUCGCAUCGUCUCUCUGAAAGGGCAACGUAUCCCCAAGUCUGCCGCCUACAAGCCUCUGAAAGCUGCAGGACUGCUGGGCAGAGGACUGUCAGUAGUGAGCAGCGCCAAGACGCCACAGCUUAAGAAGAAGAGGAGGAACUGAGGGCUGUGGUUGGGGUUACACCUGUGGUGUGCUGACUGUAAACAUCAUUGCUUCCUUCAGCCUUCUGGUUAUAUCAUGUUUUAUCUUCAAUGACAAUAAACUCAUUUAUAACAUGAACUUGUUCAACUAACCCUAACCCACUGCUGUUCUCAUUUAAAACUUUACUGGCAGGUUUUUAAAACCUUUUGAUGAUCUGUGAAUGCCUAAUAUCUGAACUUUAAUGAAUUUAAUACUUCAUUCUAUGUGACUCAUUUAAUAAUUCUCAAGAGAAUUCACACAGAAGGAUUUUAUUGCUUCCCCCACUGAGCAAUAAAAUGAAUGCAGCAUGGCUCAAUGAACAGAGGAUCAAGCUGUUGGACACCCAUCCAGCAUGGUGAAACAUCUAACAUGAGUCUGGAAAGGAAACAUGGAGAUAAAUGGUUUACCUGUUGUAUUUUUUCAGUGUUGGUAAACGUGUUGUUUUUAUUUUUCCUCUGUUCUGAUUUUUGUCACCCUGCAGGACUUUAUGCUGUAGUGAGGAAAACGAGACAAACAGCUGAGUUUGGAAAAGUUUAUUUUUUAAAAAGAGCAGAGUACAGUAUGCUUCAGAUGAACUGUUAGUUGAAGAGCUCAGUAAAUCUGCAUCCUGACAUGUUCCA